UUUCGCGCGUGCGCUGUGCGGUGUGCAUUUUGAACCAGGAUGGCGGUGUUACUGGAAACAACAUUAGGCGACAUUGUGGUUGACUUAUACACCGAGGAAAGACCCAAAGCCUGCUUGAACUUCUUGAAGCUGUGUAAAAUCAAAUACUACAACUACUGUCUCAUUCACAAUGUCCAGAGAGACUUCAUCAUUCAGACUGGAGAUCCUACAGGCACUGGCCGAGGAGGAGAGUCCGUGUUCUGUAAGCUGUACGGGGAUCAGGCGCGCUUCUUUGAUGCAGAGAAGGCGCCCCGGAUCAAACACAAGAAGAAAGGGACCGUCUCCAUGGUGAACAACGGCAACGAUCAGCACGGCUCUCAGUUCCUGAUCACUAGCGGAGAGAACCUGGACUACCUGGAUAGCGUCCACACCGUGUUCGGGGAGGUCUCGGAAGGAAUGGACGUCUUGGCCAAAAUCAACGAGGCGUUCGUGGACAAAGACUUCGUUCCCUACCAGGACAUCAGAAUAAAUCACACGGUUAUUCUGGACGACCCGUUUGAUGACCCCCCGCACCUGCCGGUGCCGGAUAGAUCCCCUGAGCCCACCAAAGAGCAGCUGGACAGUGGCCGUAUUGGAGCUGAUGAAGUGAUAAACGAUGCUGAAGGGAAGGAUGCAGAGGAGCUGGAUGAAGUGAUAAAAGACAAGGAGGCAAAGACACAGGCCAUCCUCCUGGAAAUGGUGGGUGAUCUGCCCGACGCUGACGUUAAACCCCCGGAGAACGUGCUGUUUGUGUGUAAGCUGAACCCGGUCACCACCGACGAGGACCUGGAGAUUAUCUUCUCUCGCUUCGGUUCAAUCCAGUGCUGUGAGAUCAUCAGGGACUGGAAGACGGGCGAGUCUCUGUGCUACGCUUUCAUCGAGUUUGAGAAGGUGGACGACUGUGAGAAAGCAUAUUUUAAGAUGGACAACGUGCUGAUUGACGACCGACGCAUUCACGUGGACUUUAGUCAGUCUGUGUCCAAGAUCAAAUGGAAGGGAAAAGGUGGGAAGUACACGAAAGACGAUUUCAAGGCCUAUGAGAAAGACCUGGACAACAGAUCCAAACUGGCUCUGAAAGACAAACUCAAACCCAAGCAGGAUUCUCGCUACGAUCUCCUCCUGGACGAGGAAGAGGAGGACGUGGGGCGGAGGGACGACAGGAAGCAGCAGGAGAAGAGGCGGCAGUCGUACGACGAAGACGACAGGAGGGCAAAGAAACCCAGGGACACCGAUCAGACCUGGAAAGAGCGCAGAGAGGGCAAGCGACGGUCGCGCUCUCGCUCCAGAGACCGUGAGAAGGACAGACACCGAGAGAGGGACAGAGGGAGAGACAGGGACGGUCACCAUAAACAUGGCAAGCACAAGCAGAAAAGCCACAACCGCGAUCACAGCCGCAGCCCCAAGAGGUCAAAGGACAAGGAGCGCAGCCGACAUCGCUGAGACCUUAGUAUUAUGGGAUGCUGAUGUACACGAUGCACAACACCACCGCCAACACACGAGGAAAACCUGUAGAGAUUAUUAAAAUGUUCGCGCGUCUUUACAGGAGCGCUUUAUUCACUAAAAUCCGUAUACAGUACAACACUGCACGCGAGGCUCAAAACAGUAAUCAGGAGGGGAUUUUUAUUUAUGUUUUGGUAUAAUUUUAUGUUUUGUAAAUGUGAACUGGAAUGUUACCAAAAACCAAUGAAUCAAUAAACUUAAGAAUAAAUAAAUAAAUAAAAAAAC